AUACUUCUUUUGUUCUUGUUCAAAUAAAAUCAAGGUCAUUAGUGUAACGACCGGCGAGGUUGUUAAAACAAUUUUCGAUUCAUCCGGAAAUUGCCAUAAUGAUGAAAUUACAUGCAUGAUGUUAAAUCCAAAUGAUCCAUCACAGUUGCUUUCUGGAUCCUUGGAUGGUACGAUUAAAGUAUGGAAAUAUACUGAUGUGGAACUGCUGAAGACAUAUAAAUUUGGGAUACCAAUCUAUCGUAUGGCUAUCCUAGCGUCUUAUCCAGAUCGAUUUUUUGUGGUCACUGGGAUACCUUGUAAGAAUGUUAGUUGUCGUGGAAAACAAAAGGCGCAAGCCUUACUUGAUUUUCGAUUUGACAUAAAAGGUCAACCUGAAAUGCAUCUCUUAUGCAAAUCAAAGUCUAUGUGCACUGGAUUACAUACGAGUCCUGAUGGCGAAUUUUUGAUUAUCAGUUUCCUUCGGACAAUUCGAAUUAUUAAAAUAAAAUUAAAUCAACAAAAAAGGCAAAAAUGGCCCAAGUAUACGCAUUCAUCAAAUAUAUCAUGCAUUGCGAUUCAUCCAUCAAAGCCUUAUAUAUCAGUUGGAGAUGAAUAUGGGAAAAUUACUCAUAUGUAUUGUCUUAAGGAAUCACAAAUUCAGGAUCCCGUAAAAUCAUCGGUCCACUGGCAUCCUCACAAAGUUAACUCCCUUGCGUUCACAAGUGAUGGAACGUAUCUCCUUUCCGGUGGUGAAGAAUCAGUUCUUGUGAUAUGGCAAAUUGAAACAGGUCAUACACAAUUUCUGCCUCGCCUUGGAUCCGAGAUUCGGUCAAUCACAAUAAGUCCCGACCAAACCUUAUACGCUAUCAAUUUAUUGGAUAAUUCUAUAAAAAUAUUAUCUGCGGUAAAUUUGGAAAUCAAACAGGCUAUCCAAGGAUUAAAACAUGCGCAAGUGGAUGAUUCCGUAUAUCCAUUGUCCACGGGCCUUGUUAUUGAACCACGAAAUCAUUUGGUAGUUCUUAAUGGUCUUCCAGGAACCAUACAAUUUUAUAACCCUUGUUCUGAUCGGCAUGUAAUGGAGCAUGAGGUAUCUCAGCGGACUACGAUAUCAAGGGCAUUCGAAAAAGAUAUUGUUUAUCCCAAUGUAGACCACGUGUCAUUUUCAUCAAACGGGAAUUGGAUGGUCACGGUCGAUUCUCGAAAAGACGAUGAAACCACUCCGGAAUUAUAUUUAAAAUUUUGGAAAUUCGAUCCUAAUUCGCAGACAUACGUUCUUAACACGCGUAUUGAUAAUCCUCAUUCUAAAGCAGUCGCGACGUUAAAUUUUCAUCCUGGCACGAAUGAUACCUCCUUAAGUUUUGUCACUACCGGCUUAGACAAUAAAUUCAAAGUGUGGAAGAUAAAUCCCGAGUCGCAUUCGUCUCGGGUGUCUAAAAAUUUGGUAUCGUGGACGUGUAAAUUUGUUGGUUCCUAUCGACAAUAUACCCCACGAGCAGCAGCAUUCUCACAAGAUGGAUCUAUACUUUCAAUUGCAUAUGGUUCCAUCAUAACUCUAUGGGAUUCUCGAUCAAACGUUCUUCGGGAUGUUUUAACUCUUUUGCCAAAUUAUGAAUCUAUUAGACACUUGGCGUUUACGAAUAAUUCACCAUUUCUUGUUGUCACUACGCAGAAUUAUUUAUACGUAUGGAAUUUACUUACAUGUACAAUUUGGUGGAGUCAUAAAACCGAAGCACAUCAUUUAGCCAUAGAUCCUAAAAGUUCCCGUUUUAUCGUUGCGAGCAAUUGCAAAAAGUUGCAAGAAUGUCGCCUUUUUGUUUUUGAGCCACAAACUGCUAUACCAGUAAUGGUUCACACCAUAAAAGAUAUAAUCAAGGCAAUAGCUUAUUUCCCCAGAAAAUUUGAUGAAGUUAGCUCACCGUCAAAUGCAUUGCAAUCAUAUAUAAUAUACCUCAAUCAAAAUUAUGAUCUGUUAAUAAUUGGUGAGAAUUUUGUAGGAAAGGAAUCCGAUACGCCAAUUAUUUCUGAACAUAAAACUUGUUUUACGGAUAUUUUUGGAACUUGCAUCGAAUCUGUCUCCGGUACUCAUAUAUCUACAGCGAAAAAAUUACCAAAUGGUAAUUCUAACGGCACACAUUCUUCGUUGCCAUCAAAGAAUCUUUCAGAUUCACCAAAACAUAUAAAUUAUCCCGAGGAAUCUAGAAAAAGAAAAAUAAAAUCAUUACCUCAUAAUGGAACUAUACUUUUGAUUCUCAAUUACUCGCUUGAAGUAGACUUGUGCGCGACCACUUAUGUUUUAACUUUGUCUAUAGUACAUUCUCAGCCGAAAGAUACCGGCGCUUUUAAACAUACUUUAAGUCAACUUCAUAAUGUUAUUCGCUUUUUAAAGGAAAGAGUGGAUGAACCACAAACUAUAGAAGAUCUCAGAAAUAAUAAUAUAGAGGUUAACACCAAUUCACAGCUUUAUGAGCUUAUGAAAAAGAAUGACAAGAUUGUUUAUAAUAGUGUCGAUCGAACGUUUCAAUACAAGCCAGAUUAUGCUAUUCGUUCAAAAGAAGAUUUGUUAAACUUGUUAAAAGAUAGAAGGGAACAACCUGGUGUGUCUCGAGGAAUGCCAUUUAAAGAGUUGGAUGAUUGUAUUGAUCUAACAAAUGCCAUUGGGGAAUUAGAAAAGGAUGGUAAGAUUAUGGUGAUACGCCUUAUGAAGGAUAACUCACCACGACUAUUAUAUUGGAACGAUCAACGGUAUAUUACUGAAAUGGAUAAAGAGUUUGUCGAUAUGUUUCACAGCGUCAAAGUACCUGAUGAAAGUGAUUUGAAGAAGUCACUUGAAGAUGCUGGGUUACAAACAAUGUCUGUGUUGGAAAAUAAGACUAGGACGGAG